CCAGACUCAGAAACAGCUUCAUACCAGAAGCUACCGUUCAUGGGGCAGCAUCUUCAUUCCAGCUGUGCGUGAAGGAAGGGGAACACCUACACCUGAUGGAGUUUCAUGGCACCAGCAGUGGAGGGGGACCCCAUCUCUUAAAGAUCGGGAAAGAGUUAUUAGCAGAACCCUGCUCUAUAAAGAGGCAAUGGUUCAUGACACAGCCUACCAGCUUCAGCAGUGGAGGAGGAACCUCUGGCUCAUGGAGAGAAACCCAGAAAGCAGGUUCUCCAGAGCCCAGCUGUUUGUCUGUGAAGAGUGACCAGUCCAUGGGGAUGCCUUUUAAUUUCAGGAGAGGAAAUGUUCCCACUGACCUAAAAAGACUGAGAUCCAGAUCAGACCCUCCAGAGAUCAGCUGUUUGUCUGUUAAGAGUGACCAGUCCAUGGGGAUGCCUUUUAAUUUCAGUAGAAGAAAUGUUCCCACUGUCCUAAACUGGAGAAUAGAUCAUCUGCUUCGUGAACGUGAACAGCUAAUCAGUACUUGCAAAAGACUGGAACAUGCAGGAAACAUCAGGAUGAAACCAGGACCAAGAAAAUAUUCCUGUGAGCUCACUUUGGACCCAAACACGGUGCACACACGUCUCUCACUGUACGAGCUGAACAGAAAGGUGGUGGGUGUGACGGAGCAGCAGUCGUAUCCUGAGAGAUUUGAUUGCCACCCACAGGUUCUGUGUAGAGAGAGACUGACUGAACGCUGUUACUGGGAGGCCGAGUGGAGCGGACCUGUUGUUAUUGCUUUGACAUAUAAAUCAAUCACCAGGAAAGAAAACAGUAAAGAAUAUGCAUUUGGAUGGAAUGAAAAGUCCUGGACCCUGUAUUGCUCCGAUAUUGGUUACUUUGUCCGGCAUAAUAAUAAGAAAACUGAUAUCCCUCCUCCCUUCAGCUCUAAGAGAGUAGGAGUGUAUGUGGACUGUCCGGCCAGCACUCUGUCUUUCUACUGUGUCCACCCUGAGACACACACACUGACACACCUACACACAUUCAGCACCACAUUCACUGAACCGCUCUGUGCAGGAUUUGGAGUUUGGGUUUCAGACUCCUCAGUGCGUCUGUGUGUGAAAUAGAAGAUCCUGUCCCCUAAAGGAAGACCUGAAUCUUUGACUAUUGAACAUUAUUUAGGAUAAUUCUCUGUCUGAUAUGCUUACCAUUUCAUGAAGAUGUGAUGCUAUAGCCAUCUGUGACCAGGAGAACAAACAUGCACAGUUGUUCUUGCUCUCUUUGGGUGGGUGGUGAAGUGGUGGGGGUUGCUAUCUUAAUUAGACAAUAGGCUUUCAUACACAAUGAUCUGCACUAAACAUAUUAUGAUCAAAUUAUUGGUUUACCUAUAAACGCACCCUGAGACUGAACAGACAUUUGGCCUGUAUGUUUUUCAGAUGUUUGGAUAAGUUAGAUGGCACAUCAUAGCAAGCCAUUAUAGCAAGUUUGUGAAGGCAUGUUGGCUCUCACCUUCCAUCUUUCCCUCUGUAGAUAUGUAGACCUCAGGCGACACACUGAAUGAUGCAGGACUGUACCUGGAAUGCAGAUUUGGAUGUUACCAAAACCUUCUGUGCAUUACAAUGGUAGCAGGGAGGCUGCAGUGUCUGGGUGUGUCAAUCUCCACACCCUGCUGUUUAUCUUCAUUUUUCUGCAUCAUGCUUCUAAAUGUCUUUUGGCUUGGUAAUGAUUUUAAAUUGUAAUUAUAUCCAGGCUGGAUAUUGAGUGAAAAAGAUGCAACAAAGGAAACUCUAAAUGACAUGCAUUGCUGCUGUUCUCUCAAUUUUCAACUGUUGCUUGGUUUGUAGCUAAUCUUUUACAAAUAUACAGUAAAAGAUUUAUGCACUGUCAGGUUAUGUUCUGUCAUUUACAUUUAUAUGAAUAAACA